UGUCGUGUGUGAGUGUAACUGUGUCCCUCUCUCUCUCUCGCACCCAUUUGCAUUUGCAUUUCCAUGUUAUAAAAACCCCGCCAUUCUCAUCUCACUCUCUUCAGGUACACAUUGAGAUAUCGUCUUCUCUAUCUAUCUCUCUCUCUCUGUAUCUCAUUUCUGUACCUUGAACCAGACAAAGUCAACCAACAAUGGCGCUCGCAGGCAGUUCUAGCGCUGUUAUUCCCACCAAUUCUUUCGUCCAAGGCCAGUCUCUGCUUCUUCCUUCCUCCAAAUCUCACCUACCCACCUACCCCAACAACAGCAAGACCAGGUCGGUGAACCCCAUCGUCGCCGUCCACGCUGCCGAGCCCGCCAAGAACCCCAUCGUAUCUGAUAAGCAAAACAACCAGACACCGUCUUCUUCGACGACAGCGAAGAAGACCCAGAAUGCGGUUAAUGAGAAAUGGGGCGUGGAGAGCUGGAAAUCCAAAAAGGCACUCCAGUUGCCUGAAUACCCGGAUCAGGAGGAGCUCGAAUCCGUUCUAAAGACCAUCGAGUCGUUUCCCCCAAUUGUGUUUGCUGGGGAAGCCAGGAGCUUGGAGGAGCGUUUGGGUGAAGCUGCCAUGGGCAACGCUUUUCUUCUUCAGGGUGGAGAUUGUGCUGAGAGUUUCAAAGAGUUCAAUGCCAAUAACAUUCGUGACACCUUCAGGAUCCUUCUCCAAAUGGGCGCUGUCUUAAUGUUUGGAGGUCAAAUGCCCGUUAUUAAGGUUGGUAGAAUGGCGGGUCAAUUUGCUAAGCCUAGAUCAGAUCCUUUUGAGGAGAAAAAUGGUGUGAAGCUACCAAGUUACAGAGGCGACAACGUGAACGGAGAUGCCUUUGAUUUGAAAUCGAGGACCCCAGAUCCUCAAAGGAUGAUCAGAGCAUACUGUCAAUCUGCCGCUACUCUUAACCUUCUCAGGGCUUUCGCCACCGGUGGAUAUGCUGCUAUGCAGAGGGUCACCCAGUGGAAUAUGGACUUCUCAGAGCACAGCGAGCAAGGGGAUAGGUACCGUGAACUAGCUAACCGAGUUGAUGAGGCCCUUGGAUUCAUGGCUGCAGCCGGGCUCACAGUUGACCACCCUAUUAUGACUGCAACUGAAUUUUGGACAUCCCACGAGUGCUUGCUCUUACCAUAUGAGCAAUCACUUACAAGGUUGGAUUCAACUUCUGGUCUUCAUUAUGACUGUUCUGCCCAUAUGCUUUGGGUUGGUGAACGGACCAGGCAACUUGAUGGUGCCCAUGUUGAGUUUCUGAGAGGAGUUGCUAAUCCCCUGGGCAUCAAGGUGAGUGAUAAGAUGGACCCAACUGAGCUUGUUAAGCUCAUAGAGAUUUUGAACCCUCAGAACAAAGCAGGGAGAAUAACAAUAAUCACAAGAAUGGGAGCUGAGAACAUGAGAGUAAAGCUUCCCCAUCUUAUAAGGGCAGUUCGCAGAUCAGGCCAAAUUGUCACAUGGGUCAGUGAUCCUAUGCAUGGGAAUACCAUAAAAGCUCCAUGUGGUCUCAAGACACGCCCCUUCGAUUCCAUCAGGAAUGAGGUGAGAGCAUUCUUUGACGUUCAUGACCAAGAAGGAAGCCACCCAGGAGGGGUUCAUCUAGAGAUGACUGGUCAGAAUGUGACUGAGUGUAUUGGAGGAUCACGCACUGUAACGUUUGAUGACUUGGGCUCCCGCUACCACACCCACUGCGACCCAAGGCUCAACGCUUCUCAAUCUCUCGAGCUAGCCUUUAUCAUUGCCGAGCGCCUUAGAAAGAGAAGAAUCAAGUCCCAACAGCCUAUUUCUUCCUCCUUUGGCCUGUAGAAUAAUGGCUUUUGUUAGAGGUUCCCCUGAAAUUGUUCUUUUUUUUCCCUCCACUGAAGUUUGUGGCUGUAUUAUUACGUACGUGUUACUCUUUCUUUUUUUUUUCUUUUUUAAUUUUGUUUUACUAAUGUUGCGACUUGAGUGUUGUAUGUACUAUGUAUACUACUGAAAAUAAUGGUAUGCGACUCAUAGAAGUUAUAAAUGGCGUUCAAGAAUUAUUUGGCUGGUACCUUCAAUAA